GAACUGGGCGGACAGCUGCAGGAACCAAGCGGAGGAGGAGAUGGUGGUAGGAUAGUCACUCAGCAGGACAGCACUGCUUCCGUGGCAGGGGAGGGGGCGGGUCCACUGUCUGUAUACAUGCUUAGUGCACACAUGGUCUCAUAACAGACGGCGCGCACACGCUAAGCUUUUAGGAAGGGGGCCAGCAGAGCCGAGGGUCUGCAGGACGGAACCCGAACCCAGGAGAGCGGACCGGGAAGGAUGCUCCGUUUCCAGCGCCCACACGCUUCGGUUCCCCAGUUUACCAAUUCCCCCACCGUGAUUGUGAUGGUCGGGCUGCCAGCUCGGGGGAAAACCUACAUUUCCAAGAAGCUGACUAGGUACCUGAACUGGAUCGGGGUCACAACCAAAGUAUUUAAUGUGGGACAGUACAGAAGAGAAGCCACACAAUCCUACAACAGCUAUGAAUUCUUUAAACCCGACAACUUAGAGGCCAUGACGAUACGCAAUGCCUGUGUAAAUACGGCCCUAAAAGAUGUAUGUGACUACCUGAACAGGGACCGGGGCCAGGUUGCGGUUCUUGAUGCCACUAACACUACUCCAGACAGAAGAGAGGUCAUCCUCAAUUUUGGCAAAGAAAAUGGUUACAAAGUGUUCUUUGUGGAGUCAAUAUGUGAUGAUCCUGAAAUCAUUGCUGAGAACAUUAAACAAGUGAAGUUGACGAGCCCAGACUAUGUAGGCUGUGAUAAAGAAGAAGCUCUUGCAGACUUCCUCAAAAGGAUUGAAUGUUACCAGAUGACCUACGUUCCCCUGGAUGACAACAAGGACAGGAGGUUAUCUUACAUUAAAAUCUUUAAUGUAGGCAGCAGAUACCUGGUGAACCGGGUCCAGGACCACAUUCAAAGCAGAAUAGUCUACUACCUCAUGAAUAUUCACGUGACACCGAGGUCCAUCUACUUGUCUCGUCACGGGGAGAGCGAACUCAACCUCGUGGGCCGGAUCGGGGGGGACUCCGGGCUUUCCCAACGAGGGGCAAAGUUUGCCAGUGCUUUGGGUACAUACAUGCGUGGGCAGUGCAUCAGUGACCUCAAGGUUUGGACGAGCCACAUGAAGAGAACCAUCCAGACUGCAGAGGCCCUGGGAGUCCAAUAUGAACAAUGGAAAGCCCUCAACGAAAUAGAUGCUGGAGUUUGUGAGGAAAUGACUUAUGAGGAAAUUCAGGAACACUACCCUGAAGAGUUCGCACUGAGGGAUCAGGACAAGUAUCGAUACCGUUACCCUAAGGGAGAGUCUUAUGAGGACCUCGUCCAGCGUCUGGAACCGGUCAUCAUGGAGCUGGAGAGGCAGGAAAACGUUUUGGUCAUCUGCCACCAGGCUGUGAUGAGAUGUCUGCUGGCUUACUUCCUGGACAAGAGCGCAAUCGAGCUGCCAUAUCUGAAAUGUCCUCUGCACACCGUUCUGAAACUCACCCCAGUGGCCUACGGGUGUAAAGUUGAGUCUGUCUUUCUCAACAUCGAAGCUGUGAACACACACAGAGACCGGCCAGAGAACGUGGAUGUGGACAGAGACCCAGAGGAGGCGCUGGAGACGGUCCCUGAGCACAUCUAGAGGACAUCUCACCUCAGCCUUCAUUCUCUUCAGAGAACAUAUCUUAUUUUUAAUUUAACUAAUUCAGAUUUUUAGAAAAUCGAAAGCUUAAUGACAAAGAAAAGUUUCUUCGAUGGCAUCUUAAUUCCAUUGUUGGUGCACUUUAUAUGGUCCAGGCUGGGGUGGUCUGUGACAAAAACUGUUUUAAAUGUGAAAAACUGACUAGAUGACCUGCAUGGCUGCUCAACUGUUGGUAAACUGUUUUACACUUCAUCACUUCACCCUGUGCUGUUGUAUUAACUUUUGUGAUUUUCACUUAGGAAGCAAUAAGAGUCGAGGUAAGCCAUGGUGUCACGUUUAACUGUUUAGUGUUAGAUUUGAAACUGUUGUUAAAGAACUGCCUGUUCUGUUAUCAAACUUCCCAGCAGAGCCUGAGAUCAAUGCUUCAGUUUUCCUUAGAUUAACGAGGUUAAAGCACUGGUUCUCAAUCCCAUCCCUCAGGACUCGCUGACCUGCAUCUUUUAGGUGUCGCCCAGCUGCCCCACAUCUGACCUAAACAAAUGGAUCAUUAACAUAUUUCUGCAGCACUUAAAGGCAUGCUGAGGAGCCAUUUCAGUGGUACUCAGCUCCAGUCCUGAAGGGCUACUAUCCUGCAGCUUAGGAUGGGGAUGGAGGGUUGGAGUCUGUUGUUUGACAGCUAGAAGGUUGUAAGUUUAAAGCUUCUUUCCAGAGUCCUAAUGCCAGCGUUUCUCUCUAUUUGGAUGCUGAGUCGAUCUGUUAUCAGGCCUCAGUCACAUACUAAGUAUCUGAUGACUUUGAUCAUUAAAUCUUUGUUACAACUAGUUCAGUUCAAGGAUACCAGGGGCGAAGUCUACAGUAGCCUAGAAGGAACAGAUGAC